AGUUACGGUUAAUAAUAUCCUUUAUCUAUGGUUUACAGUAUCGCUUCUCUAUGUAAACUUCCGUUUUCUUGUUGGAAAUGAAAUGGCCUAGAAGGUAAUGGAAUCGGUGAAGUGUAUUGUAAUGAGCCGGUACGGAUAGUUUACUAUUCAUUGAAAGAGUUUGGUUUUUUAUAAAAAUAAUACCAUGUCGGCGUUCCCUGGGGCACUGGCCUUUGAUGAGUAUGGUCGCCCGUUCAUAAUUAUUCGGGAUCAGCAGAAUCAAAAGCGAUUGACUGGGAAUGACGCCAUUAAGUCUCACAUAUUGGCAGCUCGGUCUGUCGCCACUACGUUGCGAACAUCUUUGGGGCCGAAAGGUUUGGAUAAAAUGAUGGUAUCGUCGGACGGCGAUGUGACCGUAACAAACGAUGGCGCGACAAUCCUGAAAAUGAUGGAUGUUGACCAUGAAAUCGCUAAGCUCAUGGUACAGUUGUCGCAGUCUCAGGAUGACGAAACUGGGGAUGGAACAACAGGAGUUGUUGUGCUGGCUGGGGCCUUGCUGGAACAGGCAGAACAAUUGCUCGACAAAGGAAUACACCCCAUCAGGAUUGCAGAUGGCUUUGAGUUAGCUGCCCAGUGUGCUGUCAAACAUUUGGACAAAAUUGCAGAUAGCUUCCCUGUGGACAAAAAUGAUUUGGAGCCAUUGAUACAGACAGCUAUGACCACACUUGGUUCAAAAAUAGUCAAUAAAUGUCACCGUCAGAUGGCAGAGAUUGCUGUGAAUGCUGUUAUGGCAGUUGCAGAUAUGGAAAAAAGGGAUGUGAACUUUGAGCUCAUUAAAGUGGAAGGCAAAGUUGGAGGUCGUCUAGAAGACACCAUUCUUGUCAAGGGUGUUGUUAUAGACAAAGACUUUUCUCACCCUCAGAUGCCUAAGGUUCUUCGUAAUGUCAAGUUAGCCAUCUUGACGUGUCCGUUUGAACCACCUAAGCCGAAGACUAAGCACAAGCUGGAUGUGACCUCUGUUGAGGAUUAUAAGGCUCUAAGACAGUAUGAACAAGAAAAGUUCUUGCAAAUGGUGCAGCAGGUUAAGGAUGCAGGAGCAACAUUGGCUAUCUGCCAGUGGGGGUUUGAUGAUGAGGCUAACCACCUUCUGCUGCAGAAGCAACUGCCUGCUAUCAGAUGGGUUGGAGGAGUCGAAAUUGAGCUGAUAGCUAUUGCGACGGGAGGGCGUAUUGUUCCAAGGUUUGAGGAGCUGUCUCCAGAAAAGCUUGGCUAUGCCGGUCUGGUGCGAGAGUUGAAAUUUGGAACCACAAGUGACCGCAUGCUGGUGAUUGAAGAGUGCAAAAACUCUCGUGCUGUCACCAUUUUCAUCCGUGGAGGAAAUAAGAUGAUAAUUGAGGAGGCAAAACGCAGUAUCCACGAUGCACUGUGUGUGGUUCGCAACUUGGUGCAAGAAAACCGUGUGGUGUACGGAGGUGGUGCAGCUGAAAUAUCAUGUGCCAUUGCCACUUCACGGGAAGCAGACAAGAUAUCAUCUCUUGAACAGUAUGCAUUCAGAGCCUUUUCUGAUGCCCUGGAGAGCAUUCCAAUAGCCUUAGCAGAGAACUCUGGCCUCUCGCCCAUCCACACACUGACAGAGGUCAAAGCCCGGCAAAUCACUGAGAAUAACCCAGCUUUGGGCAUAGACUGCAUGCUCAAAGGAACCAAUGACAUGAAGCAACAACAUGUGAUCGAGACUUUGCACAGCAAGAAGCAGCAGAUAAUGCUGGCAACACAGCUUGUUAAAAUGAUUCUGAAGAUUGAUGACAUUCGUUCACCUGAUGAUGGAAUGGGUUAUUGAAAUAUUCCACUCCAUAAACAUUCACUUACAUUCGCUUACAAAUAAUUUUUGUAUUAAAUUGUAAAAAUUGUUUACAACGUACACAAUGUAAUUCAUCUUGAUUUGGCUUGUUUUGAGAAAUAGUAAGCUUUGUCACAACUAAUGAUCUUCAUGUACUAUUAAUGUUAAGCUAAAUGCUAAUGAGUUUAAAAUGCUGUAUUUUUUAAUUUAGUAACUUGUUUGAAAAAAAUCUGCAAGAUAAUUUCAUUAAUAAACUAAAUAAUCUCA